UUCUGGCGCCCGACGCAUCUGAUUGGCUGUUCAGCAGCGCGUCUGUGAUUGGUUCACUUCGCCUCCCAUCUCUCUCUAGCUCUCGAUGACGUCAUUUGUAAACAAAACCUGGCGGGAUAUCAUAGCAGAGACUGCUCAACAUAGACUCAUUUCCCGGCUAAUAUCAUGGUCUCCUUAGACAUUUACAUUACUCCACAUAGUGUGAUGCAGUGCCUACACGUUCUACAGUAGUAAUACCACCGCGGCACCGCCACAACGGUAGAGAGGGAUGACCUGAUGCCGCUAUCCCGACAUGGUAUACCUCCACCACAGCCUGUAACAGUGGCUGUUCAUCUUCACCCACACCUGAUUUCUUGAGAUGGAAAGACUGUAUGGAACUGGACAUUGGAGUCAAUUACACGGCUCAUUCUGGACCAAAGAAAUCAUGUGAUGGCACCAAACAGAUAUUCUACUGUCGAAGAUCAGGUGUUCAGUCAACGAAGAUUUCCAGUAAGAGUCGUGCAGAAAAGAGCCAAGGUACCUGUAAGAUGGGGUUUUACUGCACCUCAUCAAUUGAAGUUGUGAAGAAGGAUGAAAAGAUUUGUGUGACCUUUUACUCUGACCAUCGUGAUCACAACCUUGAUUUUAACAGCCAGGUUCACAUGACACUUCCCAAGAGUGAACAGGAUAAGAUUGCAGCUUGUGAUGAAAUCAUCAUAUCUGCAAAGCGUAUGAUUACACAAGGGAUCGAACAUGACAUAAUUUUGGACAGAGUGCGGGAGUCAGCAGGCAGUAAUCGAAUGUCUUUCUUAGAAAAGAAGGAUAUAGAUAAUAUUUGUGUUAGGUAUGGAUUGAAUAAAACCCACAGCAGACACUCUGAUGACAGCACAAGUGUACGAUUAAUUGUUAAAGAAAUGCAGGAUGCCAAUGAAGUCUUGUAUUUCAAAGAUCAAGGAGAUGUAGAUUCAGAUAAUCCUGAAAUACCAUCCAAAGAAUUUGUAUUAGGUUUUAUGAAAGGGGGACAAGAAUUAAUAUUUUCUACCCAGAUGAAAUCUUGUGACAAGAUACAGGUAUGCAUGGAUUCAACUCAUUGCAUUAGCAAUCAAAUGGUCAGAGUUCUCAUGGAUGAACAAGAAGAAAAUGAAUUUCACAAGCAAUGUAAGGGUUUUCUCAGCUAUUUGUUAGAAGCUGGUUUUGAAAGAUUUCAUGAUUAUUUCAAAGAAAAUUAUCUUUGUGAGAACAGAAUUCAGUUAUGGCCACAGUGCUAUCAUGAGGGUGCAAUUCUAAACACAAACAAUCAUCUAGAGAGCAUCCAUAGACUUUUGAAAUAUGUAUAUUUGAAAGGUAAAAAAGUUAAAAGAUUGGAUUACACAAUACUAGCUUUAAAUAAAAUGGUGAAGGAGAAACUUUUUAAGAGAAUGGUAGACUUGAUGAAGAAAAGAACUGGAAAACCUUUCAGAGAGAGACAUGAAAAAGGCAUGAAGCUCGAAGUUACUCAGGAGGAUCAUGGCCUUUUCACUGUGUCCUCUGAAUCUUUUGAAAAUAAGCUUUAUGAGAUACAGACAAAUAAUCCUACUUGUGAAGUAUGUAGGGAAAGGUGUCCAGACUGUCAUGUCUGUAAAUGCAUGUAUGUGUGCACAUGUGAUGACAAUGCUAAAGGUAUGAAGAACAUAUGUAAGCAUAUACAUACAGUUGCAGAAUUUUUAAGAAAUAAGUCACAGAUAGCUAAACCAAAGUUGCCAACAGAAGAAAUUGAAAAGAUCCAUGAUGUU